AUGGGUCAAGUACCAAUUCAAGUCGAAGUUACUCCCUUCUCUCGUCCUUUUUUGCAUACCGGUGUUGACUAUGCUGGACCAUUCAUGCUAAAAACUUGGAGAGGACGCAAUGCUCGUGAAUAUAAAGCAUACAUUGCCUUAUUUGUCUGUGAAUCUACGUCAGCUAUUCAUUUAGAACUUGUCACCGAUUAUACAACUAAUGCCUUUAUAGCAGCUUAUAAACGGUUUACUGCCAGACGUGGGAUUUGUGCAACAUUGAGAAGCGAUUGUGGAACCAAUGUCAGAGGAGCGGACUCGGAACUUCGAAACCUCUUUUCUUCAACAUCAAAACAGCUUGGUAAACUAGCUUCACUCCUCGCCAAUGACGGUACUCAAUGGUUGUUUAAUCCUCCUUCUGCUCCUCAUUUCGGUGGAAAGUGGGAAUCUGGAGUGAGAUCAAGAAAACACCAUCUUUGUAGAGUAAUAAGAAAACAACAACUAACUUAUGAAGAAAUGAGUACCUUCCUGACUCAAGUUGAAGCUGUUUUGAACUCAAGGCCUCUAUGUUCGCUCACUGAAGAUCCUGAUGAUCUUUCCGUGCUAACUCCUGGUCAUUUUCUUAUAGGAGGACCACUAAAUAUUGUACCUGAACCUUCUUUAGAAGAUAUUCAAAUAUCUCGUCUUUCUCGAUGGCAGCUUCUGCGACGCAUGACUGAUGAUUUUUGGACUAAGUGGUCUAAAGAAUAUCUUCAAAAGUAUCAACCGAUUUACAAAUGGAAUCAACCAAUGCCUGAAAUCAAACCAGGGUCACUAGUUCUCAUUACGGAUGAAAGAUAUCCACCAACAAAAUGGCCUCUAGGACGCAUCAUCAAGGUUCACCCCGGUAAGGAUGGCCACGUUCGAGUAGUUACUGUAAAAACGGCUACGAGUACCUUUGAAAGACCUGUCACUAAAUUAAGAAUCUUACCAAUUCAUUAA